AUGGAUCCAGAAAUUCAACCACCCCCAGGAAAAGCAGAGAUUAAAGCUAAGAUAUGGAAACUCAAAACGGCGCCAAAAAUCAAACACUUCCUCUGGAAGCUACUCUCAGGAGCCUUAGCCACAGGAGACAAUCUAAAACGAAGACAUAUACGGAAUCACCCGCAAUGUCACCGGUGCUGCCAAGAGGACGAAACGUCUCAACACUUAUUCUUUGAUUGUUUUUAUGCCCAACAGGUUUGGCGAGCUUCAGGGAUACCACACCAAGAGUUACGAACUACAGGAAUUACAAUGGAGACAAAGAUGGAGCUGCUGUUAUCGAGUUGUUUAGCCAACAGACAACCACAACUUUUUAAUUUGGCCAUCUGGAUCUUAUGGAGACUAUGGAAGAGCAGAAAUCAAUUGGUGUUUCAACAAAAAAGCAUAUCAUGGCAAAACACCCUACAACGUGCACGGAAUGAUGUUCAAGAGUGGGAAGACACAAACACUUAUGUUCAGAGUCUCAACCAACAAGUGCAUUCAUCAAGACAUCAACAACCAACUAUGGCACGUACGAAGUGGCAACGGCCGCCAAGCACUUGGAUAAAGUACAAUUAUGAUGGAGCUUUCAACCACCAAACACGAAAUGCGAAAGCUGGCUGGCUAAUGAGAGAUGAGAAUGGAGUAUACAUGGGUUCGGGUCAAGCAAUAGGAUCAACAACAUCAGACUCAUUGGAGAGUGAAUUUCAGGCUUUGAUUAUAGCAAUGCAACAUGCUUGGAGCCAAGGCUAUCGCAAAGUUAUCUUUGAAGGGGACAGUAAACAAGUGGAAGAGCUUAUGAACAACGAAAAGCUAAACUUUGGAAGAUUCAACUGGAUAAGAGAAGGCAGAUUUUGGCAAAAACGAUUUGAGGAGGCUGUCUUCAAAUGGGUUCCAAGAACAAACAACCAACCUGCAGAUAUCCUCGCAAAGCAUCAUCUUCAACCAAAUCAGAGUUUUAAAUUUCACUACUAUGUACCCGCUUUCAUAACAUCAACUUUGUAUUAUGAUCAUUGA